CGCUCACUAGACUCCUUCCUUACCCUCAUUCUUCACAUUUGCAUCCAUCAUCAUGCCGCAGAAUGUUAUUGUCGUUGGCGCUGGCCUGUCCGGCUUGAGCGCUGCCCACACCAUUUACUUGGCCGGAGGCAAUGUCGUUCUCCUCGACAAGAACAACUUCAUGGGAGGCAACUCCACCAAGGCCACAUCCGGAAUCAACGGUGCCCUGACAAGGACGCAAGUUGACCACAAGAUUGGCGACAGCGUCAAGCAGUUUUACGAUGACACACUCAAGUCAGCGCGAGACAAGGCGCGGCCAGACCUCAUCAAGGUUCUUACCUACAAGUCCGCCGCUGCCGUUGAGUGGCUGAUGGACGUUUUCAACCUCGAUCUGACUCUCGUUUCACGGUUAGGAGGACACUCUCAGCCCCGUACCCACCGUGGUCACGAUGCCAAGUUCCCCGGUAUGGCCAUCACAUACGCCCUGAUGCAGCGAUUCGAGGAGCUCGCCGAGGCUGAGCCGGAGCGCGUCAAGCUCGUCAAGAAGGCCAAGGUCACCAGCGUCAACAUCGAGAACAACCGCGCCUUGGGCGUUACAUACACCUUUAAUGGCGAGGAGACCACCCUCGAGGGACCCGUCAUUCUUGCCACUGGUGGCUAUGCUGCCGACUUCACAGCAGACUCCCUUCUCAAGAAGUGGAGGCCAGACACCUACGAUCUAUCGACCACCAACGGUGCUCACGCCACUGGUGACGGCCACAAGAUGUUGAUGAAGGUUGGUGCCAAUGGCAUUGACAUGGACAAGGUCCAGGUUCACCCAACUGGUCUGGUAGACCCCAAGGAUCCUACCGCAAAGACCAAGUUCUUGGCCGCAGAAGCUCUCCGUGGUGAGGGUGGUAUCCUCCUCAACAACAAGGGUAAGCGCUUCUGCGACGACCUCGGCCACCGCGACUACGUUUCCGGCAUGAUGUGGGAAGAGAAGAAGAAGGGCCAGUGGCCCAUUCGCCUCGUUCUCAACUCCAAGGCCUCCAACAUCCUCGACUUCCACACCAGGCAUUACUCUGGCCGUGGUCUCAUGAAGAAGAUGAGCGGCGCUGAGCUUGCCAAGGAGAUUGGUGUCAGCGAUAAAGACCUCCAGGCCGAGUUCCAGAGCUACAACGCCAUCGCCAAGGGCGAGAAGAAGGACGAGUGGAACAAGAAGUUCUUCCACAACUUGCCCUUUGACAUCAACGACACUUUCCACGUUGCUGUCAUGGAGCCCGUUCUCCAUUUCACCAUGGGUGGUAUCGAGAUCAACGACCAAGCACAAUGCUUGAACUCCGAGGGUAAGCCAUUCGACGGCCUGUACGUCUGUGGUGAGCUUGCUGGUGGUGUCCACGGAGCCAACCGUCUCGGUGGUUCGUCUCUCCUCGGAUGUGUCGUCUACGGACGUGUUGCAGGAGACUCGGCCUCGAAGUACCUGUUCCAGCAGGCAUUGAACUCAUCCGGCGGCUCCGCAGUCAACCGUCUCGGCCAGAUUUCGCUACACAUCGACCCGUCGCAGCCCGGCAAGGUCUCUGUCGAGUGGGGCAACGGCGUCAGCACCUCCCAGGGCGCGACAGACGGACAGUCCAAGGUCGACCAACAGAAGCAAUUCUCAUCAGCACCGGUAAUGUCAUCCAACGCCGACUCAAACGACCCGGGCAAGGUGUCGAAGCCCAACAAGCCCUCGCAGUUCACUAUCCCGGAUAAGGAGUUCUCCCUCGAGGAGAUUGCGAAGCACAACAAGAAGGACGAUCUCUGGAUCGCAGUAAAGGGCAUCGUCAUGGACGUGACCAACUGGACGGAUGAGCACCCAGGUGGUCCCCAGGCGCUUUUCAGCCACAUGGGCAAGGACGCAUCAGAGGAGUUUGAGAUGCUGCACGACGAUGAGGUGAUUCCCAAGUAUGCGCCGGAAAUUGUCAUCGGUCGCGUCAAGGGCCAGGAGGUUACGUUGGAGUAUUAAAAUACUAGAGAGUUGUUUGUACUUCUAGCCUGUUCUUUCAAUCAUAUCUAUUGCAUGACUUCA